UAGUGAUUUCGCACUUUCAGACUUGACUGUCUAAAUUUCUUUCAAAAAUGGUGUCAUAUCUGUUAAUGAAUACUAUAUGGGGCAGUAUGCGAUAAGGUUUUUAUUUUCCAUAAUUUGCGUCUUUUGUCUGGCAGGGAAGAUCCAUUUAUGUUUUUUCUAUUGUGUGUUUUAGUGGACAUUUGUGACCUUAUUUUCCAGAAGGGGUCUGGUCAGGGGAUGUAUUCGAUGAAGGGACAACUAGCAUGCACAGUAUUUGGACGAAUAAUACUAAAACACAACGAUCCGAUGUUUGGACUAGAUUUGCAGAGAAAGUCAUAACAGAAGAUACCGGGGAAUGUAGGGACGAUGUCGCGGAAACAGAAAGUAAUGACGUUGCCACGGUUACAAGCAUGCCAAGAACUGCACCAACAAAACCAAUCAUACGAGACAUUGAAGUUGAAAUUAACAAUUUCUCUACCAAUUGCAGCACUGUAGAUGUUGAAAAUGCCUCAAAACCCAACAGUCAUCCAAACCUCUCUGCGGAGGACUACUUAGUGUUCCGAAUUUUCGAUUUGGGUUACAAAAUCAUCCUUCCUCUUUGCCUUAUCCUUGGUGUGUCCGGAAACAUUUUGAACAUCAUCAUUUUACGAAGGAGUCUUAGCUCAAGCAAAUCCUCCAUGAGUAUCAUUAUGAUUUGUCUUGCAGUAUCCGACAUUGUCAUUCUUAUUGUUUGCACUCCAAGGUACAUUAUAUAUUAUCUCUUUAAUGAUGAUUACAUAACUCAUGCUACUGUGUUGUGUAGAAUCUGGAAGUUUAUCAAUUACACCUUCUCCGAUUUGUCAUGUUGGCUUGUCAUGGUGAUCGCGUUUGAGCGAUCCAUUGCAGUUGGUUGGCCACAUAAGGUAAACAUUUGGUGCAGCAAACCUAAAACAUGCCUAGUAAUCGGUAGUGUGGUGAUAUUCCUUUCAUGCGUAAACAGUCAUUUUCUGAUGUGUUAUGAAGUUAUACCGAUAAUCUCAAAUCAUACUGAAAAGUCUUACAAGUGUAGUGUCCAAACUGGAAGUUGGGAGUAUUAUUCUUUCUUUGUUUUUCCUUGGGUUGACUUUGCAAUGUUUGGCGUUAUUCCCGGUUUGUUUGUUCUCUCCGGAAACGCGUUUGUGCUCAAGCAGGUGUAUUCUGCCGCAAAAAAACGAAAACAUCAUCUUAGUCAGAGUGUCCCUGAAGUAGCCCAGAAUGACGAAAAGGAAAAAUAUCUUGUCACGAGAAUGACAAUCGUAAUGUUUGCGAUAAGCUUUUUCCAAAUACUUAGUGUAAUACCUACCAUAGCUUGGCAGUUCGUAUAUGCAUCCCUAAAGGAUAAUGAUGAUCUUGAUAGUUACGUUACUAUUGAGGUACUUGGCAAUUAUGCGAUGAUUUCAUUUUACUUCAACACCAUGAUCAAUUUUGUUCUCUAUAUUAGUUGCUCUCAGCGGUUUGCGGAGGGUUUUAAAUCUCUCUUUUCUUGUUCUGGUUUCAGAUGUACAUCCUUAACACGGAAAUUGAAUUCUUUUUCACCAUCUGGGACUUCACGAGAUAUAAAUAUAAAUACAAUUUCCUAAGAGGUGUCUUUUAUUAUAUUGGUUGUGGUGUCAGCGAUGAACAUAUGAAAAAACUAUUGGUUUUUGAUCACAGUUUAUGAUCAAAGGAAUGAAAUAUGUAAUGCUAUACAGUGCGUAUAAAAAAACGCAACAGAUUGUUAUCUUGGAAAAGCACAAAACCAGUGAUAACAGCAUUGAUUUCAUCCAAUGCACCAUAAAGCCAGUUGUCUCCUCUUUAUAAUGAUAUAUCAUUCAUUGAUAUUUGGUCAUGGUUGGGUGAGUAAUCAUUCCAUUUGCAAAGUGGGCCAAAAUUAGCUUCGGGCCAAAUUAUAAACAUUGUAAAAGUCAGUGUACGGAGCCCGAUGCAAUAUUGGACGAAAACAUAAAACCAACGCUGACUCUAUCCUUUUAAUUCAAUGUACCAAGUAGCCAAAUUACUCCUCUUUGCAAUGGAAUAUCAUUCAUUCACUGUUCACAGGGAGUCAUCUCUGG